CGUGUACGAGUCUUUAUUGUUACUGUACGAUUGUACAACUGCCGACGGCUAAAAAUACGUACAAAAAAGAGUAGCAGCCCGCUUUCGGAGUGUAACUAAAAAAGCGCCACGUUCUCGCGUUCUACAAAACUCUCCCCUACCCGCUACUUAUACACACUAUAUAUAAUUAAUUUAAAACAAAGCCGCAUAGCAACAACAAUCCCAGCAAAUUCAAUGAAAUAAAACAAUAAUUUCAAGCAAAAUCAACGUGGAUUUGUUAUAAACCAAACGAGUGCGGAUCGUCCGACGGCAAAAAAAGCGAGAGAAAUCGGGAAAAAGUUAUAUCUCCCACCAGUGCUUUUCCAAUGUAGCCCUUCACGCUUGAUUAACACGAGAGCGUUGUGUGACAAUAUAGCAGUUUUUCGUGUUAAAUACCCAAAUAUCGUACAAAGUGGCCGACUAUAGCAAAUAUCCAAAGAAUUCUCCUCCUCCAUACCACACAUUUCCCAGCAGCAGCCAAAGCGAAUUUCACUCAAGUGCUAGCGCAAAAUUUGCCUGAGUCACGAGCCAUUUCAAUUUUCCGUUCUUCAAAUGGGUUGACUUGUGACAUUGCAGCUUCCUGGACCCGGGAAAUAAAAAGGGAUACAACUUGAACCUCAAAAGACAUAGCCCAAGAGAACAUCAAAACAUCCAUAUCCAUAUCCAUAUCCAUAUCCAAAUCCAUCCAUAGGACAUCCAACAAUAGACCCAAUUGAACCUAUUUGGAAUCUCUCUGCAACACCAAUGAACCACUCGGCCGCAUCGCUUUACAGCGUGGCCACCAUCAACAGCACCUGCUCCUGCUCCUACUCCUGCUCCAGAUCCAGCUCCUGCAUCCCCCAUCACACUGGCCAGCUGAUCCGUCAACGCUUUGGCCACUCGUACGCUGCACGGGCCGAUCUCAAUUAUAGCAAGGAACACUGAUACGCUGAUACGCUGAUACGCUGAUCCGAUCCCCCACCGAAGCGAUUCAGCCCGUGAUCUGUAUAUAGCCUUUUCUUUGGAUUUAAAUCAGCCUCACGACGGCCGGAACAAUGCUUAAAGUUGUAGGUGCAUCAUGGCAGAAAACACGGAUAGGGACUUACAUACUCAUCGGAGCUGGAUUACUGGUGAUCGGUGCCUUCUUCAUUGGCUACAUGGAUCGACCGGAGUAUGACGGAACCUACUGUGCGACAGCGUUCUGGACCAAGCAGGUGGGCUUCCAAAUCGAGAACUGGAAGCAGCAGAACGAUCUGGUCAACAUACCCAAGGGUGUGGCCAGGAUAUGCUACAAGGACUCGGUCUACGAGAAUGGUUGGGCACAAAUUGAGGUGGAGACACAGCGAUCGUAUCCGGACUGGGUGCAGGCCUAUGCGGCGGGUAUAUUGGAGGGUUCCCUCACCUGGAAGAACAUCUACAAUCAGUGGGCCAAUACAAUUUCCUCAUCCUGUGACCGAGAUGAGAGCACCCAGAAGUUCUGCGAGUGGCUAAGGGAUCUGCUCACGACCAACUUUGAGCAUCUGAAGAAGCAGGCGGCCAUCAGGGCCGAUCACGAUCACUACUGGCAUCAGCUGCAUCUGUUCUUCAAUCAGCUGGAGGGCCUGGAGACGGGCUACAUUCGAGGCGCCACGCGUGCCCGUUCGGACCUGGAGGAGGAGAUACCUUUGUCCGAUUUCCUGCUGAUGAAUGCCGCCGCCGACAUACAGGACCUGAAGAUCUACUACGAGAACUAUGUGCUGCCCAACAACACGGUGCAGGAGGAGGAGGCCAGUGAUCAGCCCAAGAACUUCUUUCUGCCCAGCGCAUCGAUGCUGACGCGGAUCAUCCAGCAGGAACAGUCCCCGCAGACGCUGCAGCUGCUCUUUGGCCACAGCACCGCGGGCAGCUACUCCUCAAUGCUGAGGAUACAGAAGCGCUACAAGUUCCACUACCACUUCUCGCCCAAUCAGAGGAGCAACACUGUGCCCGGAGCGGACAUCACCUUCACCGGAUACCCGGGUAUACUCGGCUCCACCGAUGACUUCUAUGUGAUCAAGGGCCGGCAGGUGCAGGCCAUAGUCGGAGGCGUGGGCAUCAAGAACGAGAAUCUGCAGCUGUGGAAGUCGGUGGACACCAAGGAUGUGGUGCCGUUGGUGGCUCGAGUCAUGGCCGCCAAUCGCAUUGCCCAGAAUAGACGCACCUGGGCGAGGGCCAUGGCCAGGCAUCCCGCAACCGGCGCCAAGCAAUGGAUCACCGUGGACCUGAAUAAACUGGGAGCACAGGAUAAUCUCUACCAUGCUUUGGACACCGAUGACAAGCACGAUGACGCCCCUGUGCCGCUGAAUGACAAGGACAAGGCGGCGAUUCAGUCGCGUCACGAUCAGCUGAAGGACAUGGUCUGGAUUGCCGAGCAGCUGCCGGGUCGCAUGCCCAGUCGGGAUGUCACCCAGAGCUUCCUUGUGGCUGGCAACUCCUCGUGGCUGGCCAAUGGGGUGCCCUACCUCAAGGAGACCCUGGAGGCCAGCGGCGUCAACUACAGUGACGACCAGCAGCUGUCUGCCGCCGAUGAGGCGGAGCUGACGAACCUGGAGUCGGUGGACAAGUACCUGCGUACCCACGGCUUUCGUGGCGAUCUCCUUGGCGGCGAGGAGUCGAUUGCCUAUGGCAACAUCGACCUCAAGCUCUUCUCCUACAAUGCGCGGCUGGGCAUGAGCGAUUACCAUGCCUUUGCCGGUCCCAUUUUCCUGCGACUGCAGCAUGUCCAGCCGAGGGCCCUCGAGGAGGGCCAGGACAACCAGGAGGAGCAGCAGGAUCAAGGUGGUCAGGGUGUGCCCUCCUCCAUUGGCGAUGAGCGUCUGAGUGUGACCAUCGAUGAUGCGGCCAGCCUGGCCGAAAUGGAGCUCAUCACGGAACGGCGUCCGGUGAGGAAUGAUAUGCGAGCCAUUGCCAUGCGACGGAUCGGCAGUGGACCCUUCAAGUGGUCCGACAUGAAUCCCCUCGAGGACGGGGGCCACGAGGGCCAUCCCGAUGAGUGGAACUUCGACAAGGUGUCCCCCAAGUGGGCGUGGUAAGCGCUUUCCGAAUACAAUCUGCGGAGAAGGUGCAACCCCAAACCCACAGUAGAAUUGAAUCGAAUUUCCCAAAGUCUCAAAGCCCCAUUUCCCCUCCAUCCUUCCAUCCAUCCCGUUCAAUCCAAAUCCAAAUCCAAAUCCCGAAUCCCUCUAGAUUCAGUAAUAAGUGUCUCCCCAUCGUAUCGUCCUGAGUGUUCCUAGCUGGUAAUCCAAGUUUAUCCAAGUAUCUUACGUCCAUAGUCAUAUAGUGAGUGUCUACUGUACUUAUCUGUGCAUGUACUUUGGGUCCAAUCCGUCAAUUGUUGUCUUCCACAUUUCAUGUACAUACAUACGCGUCUACAUCUAUUUUUUUUUCGUAGAAAUUUUU